GUAUCCAGCUGUGUGUCUAUGAAGAGUGACAAAUCCAUGCCUUACCCACCAGACUUCAGUGGAGAACCAGUCCCCUGUGACCCAGGGAGAAGUGGAUCUCUGACCCAGUAUCAUCUCAGAACGAGAUCCAAAACACGUCCUGUUCUACAGCAACCCAGUGUCUCCGACUCUACAUCAGAUCAUGUCCUGCUGAGAACUACUGUAGCUCAUAAAACCAUCAUGAAAAAGAAGUGUGAAUACUUAUUUGAGGGAAACACACUACGAGGAGAUCAAAUCCUCCUCAACAGGAUUUACACAGAGCUUUACAUCAUAGAGGGAGAGAGUGAAGGAGUGAAUGAAGAACAUGAGGUUUUACAGAUGGAAAUAGCACCCAGGACACAAAGUUCACAAGACAUACUAAUUAACUGCACUGACAUCUUCAACCCCCUGACGACUCAGGAGCCUACAGAGAACAGAAAAGAAAAAGAAAUCAGAACUGUUCUCACCAAGGGCAUCGCUGGAAUUGGAAAAACAGUGACUGUACAGAAGUUCAUUCUGGACUGGGCAGAAGGAACAACCAAUCAGGGCAUUGAUUUCAUGUUUGUACUUCCUUUCCGGGAGUUGAACUUAAUUAAAGAUGAGCACUACAGUCUUCAUGGACUUCUGUUAGAGUUUCACCCAGAACUGAAAGACUUGGAUCCAAAGAAGUAUAAUAUUUGUAAAAUGGUGUUUGUCUUUGAUGGUUUAGAUGAGAGUCGACUUCAGUUGGAUUUUUCUGAGACAAUUUGUGAUGUGACCACAACGUCAUCGGUGAACAAACUGAUAUCAAACCUCAUCAAAGGAAAUCUUCUUCCCUCUGCACUCAUCUGGAUAACCUCCAGACCAGCAGCAGCCAAUCAGAUCCCCUCUCAGUUCAUCAGUCGUGUGACAGAAAUAGCAGGAUUCACUGAUUCACAGAAAGAGGAAUACUUCAGGAAAAGAAUCAGUGAUGAGAGUCAAGCCAACAGAAUCAUAACACACAUCAAAACAUCAAGGAGCCUCCACAUCAUGUGUCACAUCCCAGUGUUCUGUUGGAUUUCAGCCACUGUGCUUCAGGAAAUGCUGCGUCAAGACAAUGUAAAAGAGAUCCCUAAAACUCUUACUGAGAUGUACACACACUUCCUCCUCAUUCAGACAAACAUGAAAAACCAGAAAUAUGAAGAAACAUAUGAGACCAGCCCAAAAAAUCUUCUAGAAUCAAGCAAGGAGAUUUUCCUGAAACUUGCUAAGCUGGCUUUCAAACAGCUGUUGAAAGGCAAUGCCAUGUUUUAUGAUGAGGAUCUGGGAGAAUGUGGCAUUGAUGUGAGUGAUGCCACAGUGUACUCUGGGAUUUGUACUGAGAUCUUUAAGGAAGAAUCUGUGCUUCAUCAGAGAAAAGUCUACUGCUUUGUGCAUCUGACUGUUCAAGAGUUCUUUGCUGCUCUCUAUGUGUUUUACUGUUAUAUAAACAAGAACACAGAGGAGCUGAAGUAUUUUCUGGAGGACAGAUCUGGGUUUGUACUAAAGAAUACUCCCUUGGAUGUGUUGCUUAAGGGAACAUUGGAUAAAGCUUUGGAGAUUAAGACUGGACGGUUAGAUCUGUUCAUUCGCUUCCUUCAUGGAAUCUCAGUGGAGUCCAACCAGAAACUCCUACAGGGUCUGCUGACACACACAGAGAACAACCCAGAGAGCAUUAAGAAAGCGAUCCGAAACCUCAAAGGGAUCCAAAAGCAUAGUGUCCCCCCUGAAAGAUGGAUCAAUUUACUGCACUGCUUGACUGAAAUGCAUGAUUGCUCAGUUCAUGAAGAAAUUCAAGCUUAUCUCAAGUCAAAGAACUAUAAGAUCAAACUCUCACUUACACAAUGCACAGCACUGGCCUACAUGUUUCUGAUGUCAGAGGAAGUGCUGGAUGAGUUUGACCUGAAGAAAUACAACACAUCAGAUGAGGGUCGUAGGAGACUGGUCCCAGCUGUGAGGUGCUGCAGAAAAGCUCUACUUGCUGGGUGUAAACUCACUGAACAGUCCUGUUCAUCUGUAGCCUCAGUUCUACAGUCAGUAAACUGUCCCCUGAGAGAACUGGACCUGAGUAACAAUGACCUUCAGGAUUCAGGAGUGAAGCUGCUCUGUGUGGGACUGAAGAAUCCACACUGUAAACUGGAGAUACUGAGACUUGCUGGUUGUAAUCUCACUGAACAGUCCUGUGAGACCCUGGCUUCAGUUCUACAGUCAGUAAACUGUCCCCUGAGAGAACUGGACCUGAGUAACAAUGACCUUCAGGAUUCAGGAGUGAAGAUUCUCUGUGUGGGACUGAAGAGUCCACUCUGUAAACUGGAGAUACUGAGACUUGCUGGUUGUAAACUCACUGAACAGUCCUGUGAAGCUGUAGCCUCAGUUCUACAGUCAGUAAACUGUCCCCUGAGAGAACUGGACCUGAGUAACAAUGACCUUCAGGAUUCAGGAGUGAAGCUGCUCUGUGUGGGACUGGAGAAUCCACACUGUAAACUGGGGAUACUGAGACUUGCUGGUUGUAAACUCACUGAACAGUCCUGUGAAGCUGUAGCCUCAGUUCUACAGUCAGUAAACUGUCCCCUGAGAGAACUGGACCUGAGUAACAAUGACCUUCAGGAUUCAGGAGUGAAGAUGCUCUCUUCUGGACUGAAGAAUCCACACUGUAAACUGGAGAUACUGGGUGUGGACAAUGGAGGGAAGUCAAGGAUCAAGCUGGGAUUAAGAAAAUAUGCCUGUGAUCUCACCCUGGACCCAAACACAGCCCACCCAGAACUGAGUCUUUCUGAAGGGAAUGAAAAAAUCACUCAUGCGGGAGAGAGGCAGCCAUAUUCUGAUCACCCAGACAGAUUUGAUGUCUGGCCCCAGGUUGUGUGUAAAGAGGGAAUGACUGGACGUUGUUACUGGGAGGCUGAGUGGACUGGGAGUGCUGCUUUUGGGGUGGUCUAUAAAGGAAUCAGGAGGAAAGGACCCAGUAAGGACUGUGGACUUGGACACAACGCAGUGUCCUGGUGUCUGGAAUAUUCUGAUAACAUUUACACUGCCUUCCACAUGGACCAGGGCACAGACAUACCUGCCCCCUCCCCACACUGCCUCAGAGUGGGGGUGUAUCUGGACUGGAAGGCAGGCACUCUGUCCUUCUACAGCGUUUCCUCUGACACACACACACUCACACACUUACACACAUUCCAGUCUACAUUCACUGAACCCCUCUAUGCAGGGUUUGAGGUCUAUAACUCAGUGUCUCUCUGCAGAACAGACUCGAUUCUCACUGUCCUGGAGAAAACUGGAAAAUAG